CUAGCUUGGCAAAAACCUAUAUUUUCUCGUCUCUACACUCACAGCAGUCCCCUCUUCCAAUAACCAACACACAAACAGCAAGGGUUUCUCUCUAGCAACGCUAAUCAUCUCUUUCAAUCCAUGGCUUCCAACUCCCCUCUCCUCGAUUCUCGCCACAAUCACAUCUCCCAAGAUGGUCAAGGAUUUAACAAUCAUAUCCCCCUUUCACCACAGUGGCUUCAAACUAAGCCUGGGGAGAAUAAGACUGGAAUAUCGACUGGGGAGAACCAGUUCAGUCCAUAUUCAGGUCACAGUGCUCGUGCAGAUGUCACAAAAUCACCAGGUAAUGGUGAUCAGGCGCAUGAUGUUCAGAAAAGAAAGGAUGUGUUUAGGCCGUCUGUGCUUGAUGCAGAAUUAGGUCGCCGUGACCGCUGGCGUGAUGAAGAAAGAGAGACCAAUACCUCUGUUCGCAGGGAUCGAUGGAGGGAGGGGGAUAAAGAACUUGGAGACCACCGGAAGGCAGAUCGAUGGACCGAUAACUCAUCUGGAAGGCAAUUUGGAGAGGUGCGUCGUGCUCCUCCAGAGCGAUGGACUGAUUCAAGUAACAAGGACAAUAAUCAUGAGCAACAUCGUGAUACCAAGUGGAGUACACGCUGGGGACCUGAUCACAAGGAGAAUGACAGUGUGCGUGAAAAGAGGGUGGACUAUGGUAAAGAUGCUACUGACGUAUCACUUCAUAAGGGGUUAUCCCAUCAUACUUAUCAAGGAAAGGAUGACAAGGAUGGAAAUCACUAUCGACCAUGGAGAUCUAACUCAUCUGUCAGCAGAGGUAAAGCUGAUUCUCCUAAUCAACAAACUUUGGUGCCCAACAAACAGAUAUCUUCAUUUGUCCAAAGUCAAGGUCGGGGACGCGGGGAAAAUGUUUCUGCUACCUUCUCUCUCGGACGAGGCAAAGUUCCUUUCGGAAGUAACUCUUUUAAUAACUUAUCAAAUUAUCCGCGUUCUCCUGGUUCAGUUGCAGAUAAGGGAGAGUAUCAUGAUCAGUCUCCUUUGAGAUAUAGCCGGACAAAGCUGCUUGAUCUAUACAGGAAUACUGAUAUGGGAUCCUGCGGCAAGAUAUUAAAUGGAAUCACACAAGUGCCUUCGCUUACUCAGGAUGAAGCUGUAGAGCCUUUAGCAUUUUGUGUACCUUCUUCUGAGGAACUGGUUGUUAUCGAAGGAAUUGACAGGGGAGAAGUAUUAAGCAGCGGUGCGCCUCAAAGUGCUAAAGAUGGAUCUGUUGGAAGAGGUUCCAUUGAUAAUACACCUUCAAGGCGAACAAGGCUAGGAAGCAGAGAAGAUUUACCUAUUGGCUCUGAUGGGAAUGACAUGUCUAAAGGAAAAGAAGGUGCUUCUUAUAGGAGGAAUGAUCAGAUUACUGCAAGUAAUGAAUCGAGUACGCAGGGUAUUUCCUCUGUUCAUCCUAGUGCAUGGAGAUCUUCAGCAAUGGGAGAACACACAAAUUCAGCCUUGCCUGACAGGAGAGGUGUUCCUUCUGAUAGUUGGUCAAGAACUUCAGACUUUAGCUGGCCACAGUCGCAGAAGGAUCUAUCUAACAAUGUGGGGAAGACACCAACUUGGGGAGAUGAUCCGGUCAUUAGAAGGCAAUUUUCUGCAGUGGUGGAUAGGGAGCAGGAACAGCGUACUCUUUCUCAGCCCUCGCCCGAAGAAUUAGUCCUUUUUUACAAAGAUCCUCGAGGUGAAACUCAAGGUCCUUUUUCUGGUGUUGAUAUCAUUGGAUGGUUUGAAGGUGGAUACUUUGGCUUAGAUUUGCUAGUACGCUUGGCAAAUGCACCAACCGACACGCCUUUUACACCACUUGGUGACGUUAUGCCCCACCUGCGCUCUAAAGCCCGCCCUCCACCUGGAUUUGCUGCACCCCAACAGAAUGAAAUGACAGAUGCUGUAAAUAGGCCUAAUAACAGCAACCUCGGAAAACUUCACACUAGUUCAAGUGAGGUUGAUAUGACAAGAAAUGAUGCAAGGUAUAUGCAGGGUCCAACAGAUGGGGCAAGUCGGUUUCUUGAAUCGCUGAUGUCUGGCAAUAUUAGCACCCCUGCCGAAAAUUUUUCUCCUGGCAUGCAGGGUUAUCAUGGAUCUGGUGAAGUGCCUCCUUUGGGAAUGGAAAGUGGGGAUAAUCUCUCUCUCCUGGUCAAAAGGAUGACUCUCGAAAGACAAAGUUCUUUGCCUGAUCCCAAUCAAUUCUGGCCUGGAAGAGAGGCACCUUCGGUUGGUCCAAAGUCAGACUAUUUACAUGGAUCCUCACUACAGCAGUCAAAUAUUUCGUCAUCAAUCACUGACAACCCUUGUUCGCCGCUUCAUUCUCAGAAUGCAGACUUCAUAUCUGUCCUUCAAGGUUUAUCUGACAAGUCUUCCCCUGUAGUCAAUAAUGUGGCGAGUGGUUGGUCAAAUUUUCCAGUCAUAGGAGGUCCAGACCCACAUCAAGAUAAAUUAAACAUGCUUCAUGGCCAGAAUAUUCCUCCUCAAGUUGCAUAUCAACAGAGACUGCAAUCCCCGAACCAACCCUCUUUAACUGCUUUAUCAGGCCAAGGUGUUGAUAAUACAUCUGGAAUGUUAACUCGUGAAAAUUUGCUUUCUGGCCUGUCUCAAGAUCCUCAACUGUUAAGUUUGUUGCAACAGCAACAUUUGAAUCCUCAACUGUUAAGUUUGUUGCAACAGAAAUAUUUGAUGCAGUUACAAUCCCAGGGUCCAGCUCCCUCACAGCAGCUUUCUGUUUUUGAUAAGCUCCUGCUACUUAAGCAGCAGCAACAAAAGCAGGAAGAACAGCAACAACUGUUGCGCCAAAAUCAACUGCUAUCGCAGGUUAUAUCUGAACAACAAUCUCAACAGCAUUUCAAUGAGACAUCUCAUGGGCAGUUGCAGGACACCGGUUUGCUGGAGGAGAAUGCUUCUGUUGCUCUUAAUAGAUUCCAGACCUCUCAUGAGUCGUUACAGACUGGAGCACAAAUUCAAGUCUCCAAUAUGCCAGAUGAACCCAACUCCACAAACUUGCCACCCAAUAUGUCUCAAGGGAAAGGCAUUGUUGUUGGCUCUGAAACCUCUUCUAUCCAUUUACCUCAUGAAAUGUUUGGAAAUGCUAUCCAUCAAAGAGUUUGGGGUACUAAUUUACCUGAACGACUUGAUGACAUUCAGUCACAGGCUGCUUUACUAGCAUCACCACCACAUAUUUCAAAAGUGUUGGACAAUUAUCAACAAGAAAAUAUAUUUUGUAACAAUUUGAAAACUGAUAAACCUAAUAUUCCUGAACUAUCUGAAGCUGGUAGAAGAUAUUCGUCCUUGGAGCAAACGGUAGUACCUGCCACUAAUCCAAAUGUUCAGACUGAGGUUCUUCUGCCCGGAAAAGUUAAUAAGUUAAAUGUCACAGCAGCCACUGUUUCUGCUGGUACACAGAUUGGAAGCGUACCAGGUGGCAGCUCGUCUAUAUUGAAGGAAGUAAAAAGCAUUGAUGAAAAGGACUUAAAGAAGGGUGCGGAGAAGAAAUCAAGGAAGCAUAAAUCUUUGAAGGCACAAGCUUCUGAUCAAGCAAAGGAUGUACCUAAAGUGCAGCAACUAAAAGAAUUAGAAUAUGAAGUCAAAAGUGGCUUUGAUAUUAAUUUAGAGUCGCAGACGAUCUUUCUUUCACAUGAUAGUAGUUAUGAGGUGCCUCUUCAGGAGACACAAGAGAGCAAAUCUAAUGCAAUUAUGGGUGAGAUUGUGGCCCAGCAGGGUAAAAUUGAUUCACCUGGUUUACCUGGACAGAGUUAUGUAGAAGAUGGUGAAAUCAUGGGGGCAAAGAGCAUAUCAGGGCAGUUGGGGCUUCUGCCUCAGCUAAAUGCUCAUAAACAAGGUGGACCCCGAGGUUGGAAGCCCUCUCCUGGUCUAAAACCAAAGUCAUUAUUGGAAAUUCAACAAGAAGAACAAGAAAAAGCACAUGCACAGAUGUCAGCUCCUGACACCUCUCUUUCUCUUGGUUCCACCAGUGCCACAAUCCCUACCGCCUGGGCCGGGGUUAUUGCCAGUUCAGAUCGUAGAUCGAUUAGGGAAAGGCAACAUAAUGGAGGUAGCUUAGAGUCACAGAUGGGGAACACUGGAGGUUCUGUAACCCAGAAGAGCAUGAAAAGUCAGUUGCACGACCUCUUGGUUGAUGAAGUUGUGAAACCUAGUGUAGCUGUUGGGGUUCUUGAUAGUAAAUCUAAUCUGCCUUUAGUAUCGGCUCAAAACAGUGAAUUUGACUCUAUUGAUAAUGACAACUUCAUAGAAGCCAAAGAUAGUAAAAAGAAUCGUAAAAAGUCUGCAAAAGCUAAGAGCUCUGGAGGUAAAGUAUCAGCUGCUGCUGCUUCAGCUGAUGCAUCUUUUGCUUCAAGUCCUACCGAAAAAGCCAAAAGCUCUCGUUUUAUACAACAGGAUAAGGAGGUUUUGCCUGCAGUUCCAUCUGGUCCCUCUCUGGGUGAUUUUGUGCUGUGGAAGGGUGACAAUGCAAACACUUUGGCUGCUCCGGCAUGGUGUACUGACUCAGGGAAGCUUACAAAACCCACUUCCCUUAGGGACAUUCUAAAGGAACAAGGUAAAAAGGUUUCUACUGGGCAGCAUCAGAAUGCAAUCCAAAUUCCAACCCAUUCUGCUCAUGGAAAUGGUUCUUCUAAGACGGUUAUUGGUUCAUCUCCUGUGAAGGUUGCUUCAGCAGUUCAGAAUACUCCUCAAGCUUCAUCACAAACGAAGAAGAGAGUAGAUGAUGAUUUCUUUUGGGGUCCAUUAGAUCAACCAAAAAAAGAAACAAAACAGCCAGAUUUUCCUCAACUGGCAAGUCAGGGUAGUUGGGGGAAAAAUUCUCCAGUAAAAGGAGCUCUUGGCUCCUCAGUCAGCAGACAGAAGUCGACGGGUAAUAGAACAGCUGAGUUUGCAUCACCUGCUUCUGCUCACUCUUCUUCGAGGGGUAAAAAGGAUGUAGUGUCUAAACAAUCAGAAGCUGUAGACUUCAGAAAUUGGUGCGAAAGUGAAUGUGUCAGACUCAUAGGGACAAAAGAUACAAGCUUUUUAGAAUUUUGCCUGAAGCAAUCCAGAUCAGAGGCAGAAAUUCUUUUGACAGAGAACCUUGGCUCUUAUGAUCCUAAACACGAAUUCAUUGAGAAAUUCCUUAAUUACAAAGACUUCUUACCUGCAAAUGUUCUUGAGAUUGCCUUGGAAGGCCAGAAUGAUCAAAAGGUCACUGGACAUGGACCUGGAGAUGUGAGUUCAGCUGUCAGUGGUUUUGGGAACUCUGAUCAGGGUAUGGCCACAGUUCCAGAUGGGACCACAAAAGGGGGAGGUAAGAAAAAAGGAAGGAAGGGGAAAAAGGUAAGUUCCACAGUUUUGGGAUUUAAUGUGGUUAGCAACAGGAUCAUGAUGGGAGAGAUUCAGUCUGUGGAGGAUUAGUUAAUUUAUCAUUAGGUGUAAAUACAUUUUUUCAAAGUACUUUUUAAAUGUGCUUUAGAUAUCUGGAGCUCUCUAUUCUUCUAAAGGUGGACAGCAGUGCAUUUUUUAUCUGCACAUGCAAUUUUGUGAAAUAGUACUUCACUAACUUAUUACUCAUUUUGUUUUUUACAGAACUUAUAUCAAAUCCAUGUUCUCACC